AAAUUAGCGGUGUACAGUGAGUGAGAAAAUAGUGAUCUACGACACGGCCCUUCUCCGAAAAACUAGCGGUCAAAUUCCUUUGUCAGAUUUACCGGAAAUUCGCGUGUGUUGACGUAGCGGAACAAAUAGCUCAAUCGUCGAGAAUUUUCACAGUGCGGAAGUGUGUUUGCCUUGUUCUAUUUUGAUAUCUAAAAAGUGCGAAUCAGGGUAAAAGUGUAAGAAGAAGCAUCCGAAGCGCUAGACUCCGGUAGACCCGCGAGCGUGAAUCUUCCUUUGAUCCCGGUACCAAGAAAAGCCGCAAAAAUUUGGGAAAUAAUGGAUCCCAAUGCAGCGCGUGAUUCGCGCUACAAUCUGAACUACAGCAUGAGUAUGAUGAGCGAAACGCCGGAAAUUUACGGGAACCCGAACGUUUCGCUGGCCCGCCCCCCGAGCGGUGGCCUGGUCGGUCAGGUCAUGUCUCGUGGGGGCGGCCUAAUGAGCUCCGCGAACGGACCUCAGUGUGGUGCCGGCGGUGGUGGAGGCGGCGGCGGAGGUGGCGGUGGAGGUGCCGGUAGCCUGUCGCGCGGUAUCAAACGGACCAAUUCGGACUGCUACGACGACGGCCGGCAGAUGGUCGGUUCGCAAAAUCUGACCGGUCUCGAGGGCUGCAACGUCGGGUCCGACGUUGUGGACGAAAGCUACACCUCGCUGCAGCCGAAGAAAUCACCGCCGAGCAACGGUAAGAAGACAAAGGGCCGUGUCAAGAUUAAGAUGGAAUAUAUCGAUAAUAAGUUGCGACGGUACACGACCUUCUCGAAGCGCAAAACCGGAAUCAUGAAAAAGGCCUACGAACUAUCGACGUUAACCGGCACGCAGGUGAUGCUGCUGGUGGCCUCCGAGACUGGUCACGUGUACACGUUCGCAACGCGCAAACUGCAACCGAUGAUCACGUCGGAAGCGGGCAAAGCGCUCAUCCAGACCUGUCUGAACUCGCCGGAUCCGCCGACCGGGUCGACCGGCGAUCAGCGGAUGUCUGCCACCGGGUUCGAGGAAACCGAACUCAGCUACAACAUCGGCGACGAAGAUUCGAAAGAUGAUCGUUCCCCGAUGUCGUCCGGUAGCGAUACCGACGAUUAUUCGCCGCCAGACUCACCUGGACCUAGCUGUAGUAAUAGUAACAUAAAUACUGAUGCAAUCAAUAAUAGUAAUAAUCACAGUGUUAGUAUAGCGCCGCAAACGUCAUCUUCUAGUACGUCAACUUCAACUUCGGCAACGGCAGCAGCUGGCACUGGCAAUGGCAACGGAAGCAACAACACCAAUAUAGCACUGUCAGCCAUCCAGCAGCAGAUCAAACAACAACAGCAGGCUCUCCAGCAACAAAUUCAACAACAUCACCAUCAACAACAACAACAACAUCAUCAGCAACAACAACAACAACAACAACAACAACAGCAACAUUCGUCAUCUUCAUCACCAUCGUCAUCAGUUCAACAGCAUCAUCAACAACAACAACAAUCACAACUGUCCAACAACGUUAUUUACCCAGCAACAGCCUUAGCUAACUUACCUCAGGAUAUGCUGGUGAGCCUGCUGCAAUCCGGACAAAUUCAGCUACACAAUGAGGAGGGCGCCCAGCAGUACAUAACGAUCCCGCUGUCGUUGAUGUCUCUGAUGUCGUCGCCCGAUUCGAAAAACGCCAACGGUGCCACCAAUGCCAAAAAUGCCAAACCAAACCCCACCACCACGCCUAACCGAUCCCAGCCGUCAUCAUCAUCAGCAGCAGCAUCGUCAUCAUCCAAUGUCAUCGCAGCGACCAGACGAAAAGCUCCAUCAGGAUCGGGAUCAUCGUCGAAGGAUAUCACCAUCAAAACGGAAGUCAAUGAUUGAAAGUGAAAGUUAUUUCUUUUAAUGACACAGCUUUUGUUAUGUGUAAUUUUGCUUUUAUACUUAGAUUGUUUUGUUAAAAUUAUGAACUUAAUUUUGAAAGUUAAGAAAGGUUUUGCGCGAAACUGCCGGAGCAAACAAUUUUCUACUGCAUUCAUUAAUGAUGAUAAUAACACUAAUGGCUUAAUCAAUUCACUGCUAAUCCAUCUACAAACGUAAGUUUUAUCAACAAUCCCAAAAUGAAGCCCGGGAAUAUAGUUUAAGCUAACACUUACGUUUAAUAUUGACUACACAGUUUAUUUAUCUAACAAAUGCACGUUUUGCUGUAAGACGUAGGACCAUACAUUUUUUCCACAUCAAAUACAAAUGAAAUUGCAAUUCAAAAACAUAAAUAUAACAAUCAAGAAGCGCCAAAAACGAUACAUUUACAGUUGGUAGGAAAUUAACUUAGUGGUAAACCAUGUUUGAUGAUAUUAAAAAUAUACGAAACACGGAUCAAGCAACCACAAACCCGUAGGACUCGAGUGAAGCUUUUGUAAAGUACGAUUUUACCGCUGUUGCCAGUUUGAAGUUGACUCCCUUAGGUUAAGCCCGUUUUUUUAUUACAACAUAUAUGUAACACCCUCGAUUGACUGCGGUUAAAGUUUGACACAGCGCAGCAGUCGAGUUUGUUAAGUUCUUUAUUUUUAGCUAAUUCUGCAAUCUAAAAAAAACAAAACUUCAUCUGUUUAGGUUUAAGUCAUGGGUGACCAACUCCACGUAGCGGCAUUAGUUUUCUUCUGUU